AUGAAGAAGGAAGAGGAAGGGGAAGAAGAAGGAAGAAGAAAGAAAAGGGAAGAAGAGGAAAGAAGAAGAAGGAAGAGGAGGAGGAAGAAGAAGAAGGGGAAGAAGGGGAAGAAGAAGAAGGGGAAGAAGGGGAAGAAGAGGAAGAAGGGGAAGAUGAGGAAUAAGAGGAAGAAGGGGAAGAAGAGGAAGAAGAGGAAGAAGGGGAAGAAGAGGAAGAAGGGGAAGAAGAGGAAGAAUCCCGAAGCUGCAGAUAAAGAGUGGAUUGUAAAUGUAGAGAGCGCAGUCUGCAGCUCAGACCUCCGUGACAUCCGUGCACCGGGAGCCGUGAUGUACGCGGGACGCAAGAGGAGAAAGCCCGUGCAGAGAGCGGUAAAGCCCGCGGCCAAUGAGGGCGCCAAGUCCAACCCGUCCAAGCGCCACAGAGACCGGCUGAACGGGGAGCUGGAGAGACUGGCCUCUCUGCUGCCGUUCCCAGAGGAGGUCACUGCCAGUCUGGACAAACUGUCCAUCCUGCGCCUCAGCGUCAGCUUCCUGCGCGCCAAGAACUUCUUCUCUGUGGCCCUGAGCAAACGCAAUGGUCUGCUCCCAAAAGAGGAUGAGGACAAAGCAGCAGGAGCAGCGGACGGUCACAUCCCAGAGGGAGAACUCCUGCUGCAGGCUCUAAACGGGUUCGUCCUGGUCAUCACUGCCAGCGGGACCAUCUUCUACUCUUCUCACACCAUUCAGGAUUACUUAGGUUUCCAUCAGACGGAUGUGAUGCACCAGAGCGUGUACGAGUUAGUCCACACUGAAGACCAGCAGGAGCUGCGUAGGAACCUGCACUGGGCUUUGAACCCUUCGUCAGCCUCCUCUUCAUCGAGCAGCAGCCCUCCCAACGAGAUGGAUUCUGAAAGCAGCUUGUCUUUAGUCACCUACAAUCCCGACCAACUUCCUCCAGAGAACUCAUCCUUCUUAGAGAGGAGCUUCGUUUGCCGCUUCCGAUGCCUCCUCGACAACUCCUCUGGAUUUCUGGCUCUCAACCUACAGGGAAGACUUAAGUUUCUUCAAGGACAAAAUCACAAAGAAGAUAACGGCGCGAACCCCCCGAUGCAGCUGGCUCUGUUUGCGAUCGCGACCCCGCUGCAGCCCCCGUCCAUCCUGGAGAUCCGAACCAAGAACAUGAUCUUCAGAACCAAACACAAGCUGGACUUCACCCCCAUGGCCUGUGACGCUAAGGGUAAGAUCGUGCUGGGAUACACCGAGGCCGAGCUGAGGGUCCGAGGGUCCGGGUACCAGUUCAUCCACGCCGCGGACAUGUUGCACUGCGCCGAGAACCACGUCAGAAUGAUAAAGACUGGGGAGAGUGGUCUGACCGUGUUCAGACUUCUGACUAAGGAGAACCGCUGGAAGUGGGUCCAGGCCAACGCCAGACUGGUCUACAAGAACAGCAAACCAGACUACAUCAUCGCCACGCAGAGACCACUGCUGGACGAAGAAGGCGGCGAACACUUGCGGAAGCGUUCUAUGCAUCUCCCCUUCACCUACGCAACAGGCGAAGCUCUUCUUUACCAGUCGAACCAUCCCAUUGGGUUUUUGGAUGAACCUAUCGAGAAAAAUGGCAGCAAGUCUAAGAAAAGCCGGUCUGAGAGAAUGGUUAAAGACGGCCUGGACCCUGGAUCCCUCUUAGGAGCCCUCAUGAGCCAGGACCAGUCUGUGUACGUGAGUCAGCCGGCCAUCAAACCCAAGUUAUCCUUCCAGAGCAUGUUUGGAGAUCAGAGAACCUUUCCUGAAACCAAACCGCACACCAGCUGGGAAGAACCGGGCAUAGAGGAAGUGCCAAGUGUCUCUGAGACUAGCAACAGCCUUGACCCACUCCUGGCUACUCUGGACUCCCUGGUGCUGGAGGGACAAGGCGUGGUCGAUCCUGGAGAGGCAGUUUGUUCCAACGGCGAACUCUUCGGAGCUCUGGAAGGUUUGGGUCUUAGCGCGGAGGACUUGGAGCUUCUUUUGCUGGAUGAGCGCAUGAUCCGAGUGGAGAUGGACCCAGAGCAUAUACCCACCUUGGACGACUUGCUCACAAAUGACGAGAUCCUGUCGUACAUUUACAACACGAUAGAGGGAAAGACAAGGAUGCACAACCAGCUACCACACCCGUGCCAUGGGAAACAGAAAGCAGGAAACCUCAACGGCCUGUGUCUAGUCCCCACCCCGAAUGAUGCUAAAUGCUUGUGGCAGGACUAUAGCUUCAGUGGGGGUCUGGCAAAUAACACCUGCCUUGACAACAGCCAAAAAAACACUGUAAACACCUCGGCAGACAUGGAUUUUAGCGUGCCCAACGUGGACAACCGGGACUACUCUCUGAGCGGAGGCAGUGUCUUUGGAAGCCAGCCACACGGGCAGCAGUCUAUGGUGUCGUCGUUUCAGGAAAUGAACCAGAAGCUGCCGCAGGAGGCCAUCCCAGUGCCGUUAGCUCAGGUCAUCUCCAGCCUCUCCCAGUGCCCUCCCCCCAACACUUCUCUGGAGCAGAUCCUGGGCGUGUCUAAGCCCUGCAGGCAGCUGGAGCACUAUGGCCUGGUGACGGGGGCGGACCUCCCACACGAGGCCAACCACAGUAAGAUGGAGAACGGCUGUAUCCUGGACAGUACUUUCCCAGCAGGCUGUGCUCUGCCUAACGGUAACUCAGUAGUGCCCCCUGGUGUUCAGCUGCCAGGCCCAGACCCUCGGUCCAGCCUCCCGGACCCCCCGGCCCCCGGCUUCUACCUCUGA